AUGGCACAGGUCGCUUCCGAAGUAUCCUAUGCUGGAUGGCAUAUCGUUCUUUCAUUCUUUACCUCCUUGGUAGGAUGUGUAACCACCUUGGAGCUCCUUCAACGCCGGACCUCGACUAAAGGAUUAUACAACUGGGCUAUGCUUUUUGCCGCAGCCAUCACUAUGGGCGGCUUUGGAAUUUGGGCCAUGCAUUUCGUGGGUAAUAGAGCUAUUGUACUGGAGCAUGGCGACCCAGAACGUCAAAUUUUGUACAAUCCCGGCUUUACUGCUCUAUCGUUUUUCGUCCCGAUACUGGUAUUGGUAUUCGCCUUCUAUACCCUCGGAGUGACCAAUCGAGCUCGUCAGUUGCAUAUUGCAAUCGCUGCAUGCUUGACUGGCGCCGCUGUAUGUGGCAUGCACUAUCUUGGGCAAUUGGGUGUGGAGAAUUAUCACUGUUCCUACCAUGUUCAAAACGUCAUCGGAGCAGCUAUUAUCUCAGUUAUUGCCAGUUAUGUUGCUCUCAGCGUAUUCUUCCGACUGAGGCAAGCGUGGACCGACAGCUGGUGGAAAAGAGCCCUAUGUGGUGCUGUACUAGCCGUUGCUGUGUCGGGAAUGCAUUGGACUGCCGCUGCGGGAACCAUCUAUCACUGGAAAGGAGAUGUUAAAGUUCAUGGUAACUCCAAAUUGAAGACAUCGAUCAUUGCAUCAUCUCUGUCAAUCGGAUGUUGUCUAAUGCUUCUUGUUGUGGCCAUCAUCAGAGGCCAUAAUCGGAGGUCUGCAAGAAUCAAAGCUCAACGUCUAGUGUUGGCGUGUGCUUAUUUUGAUGAAAGUGGCAAUCUCAUGGUCACUCAGGAAGGCGUCCUUCUCAGCGAGAAGAUAACCAACCAUUAUGUGGAAAAGACCUUUGGAGAAGAUGAGCUCAGCAGAACACAGCCAACAUAUCUAUGGGUCUUUCGGGCAUCUCGAAACUGGUCAGUGUUGAAAGACCUAAUUGCAGGGAUGAAAGAUUACUUGGAAAACGACGCAACAGCACGGAAAUAUCGACCAGGACAUCCAUCCCCGGCCCUGCAAGAUGAUUCCUGCGAAACUCCGAUCAACUUCGCACCCAUCUUCAAGCAGCUGUUUUGUGUGGCCGCUCAACAGCUCGCAGUUUCCGUCCACGAGCCCCUUGAACGACUUGGCACCUUAUUCGAAGAACCACUCGACACAGGAGCCAUCUCGAUUAACGUUCCCGCCAAAGCUCUUGACCUCAGUCCGACGAGAUCAUUUAGCACUAAUGAUGUUGAGGGAGGCUUCCAGACCAUCACGAGAGGCAAAUAUUUCUUUAUCAACCGCCGCUUGAACCGAACUGAGGUCGCUCGAUUUGCAGCUCUGGGCUAUCGGUUUGCCAGUGUUGAUCAGAUAGCGGACCCCCUUGCUAAGAGCAUGCAGGUCAAUCGGGACAAUAUGAUCGCUCAUAUCGAGCGGAUGAGGAUCAGUACUUCAUCCGAAAAUCUCAUGCCGCCAGGGCUACACCUGGCAUGUUUCAUGCUUCGCCCCAGCAUGUACAAGAGCUUUGAUGUACUGGUUCCAGAGUUACGCCAAAGUCAAUUACCCUACACUACAGUGCAUUCAUCAGCAUUUUCCCAAGGACAAAUGUCUCAACUACGAGCGUUCGACGACUUGAGCAUGCGAGAAGUCAUGAAACUGCUUGCCAAUCCUUCCACAGGCAUAGAACUUCGGGAAGAAUGUCGAUGGCAGCUUUAUAAUGCGUUUGUAAAGUUACUGGAAUUGAUGGGCGAUACUGAUACAAUGAUGCAAGCCAAGUUCUCGACAAAGGAAUUCCAUAUUCCGUGUCAAAGCAAUUCUGACCCUGGCCCAGCCACCUGUACCUUACUGACAGUGCGGAGCAUAAGAAACAUACAUGCCACCUCGGCGAGAAAAGACCUCACCUACAUCCCUUUGACAUUUUUCAGUGCACAGCAGCAGAUACAGGAGUUGGACGCUCCUGAUGAGAUCUUCGCCCAAAGUGUACAUCGCGAGUUUGGUCAUUUGCUCCAUGAAGAACCAGAAAAGCAAGUCAUUACGAAUAAUAACCGGGUGUCUCGCAAGGCGAGUGUUCCAGGAAUUGGAGCCAAAUCCAGCGAGUCAACUAGGUCACCAAUAUUCAAGAAUCCAUUGGGAAACUUCAAGAAAAGCCGACGAAGUGAUGAGACAACAAUUGUACAUCAUGAAAGGGGGACUGAAGAUGAAUCAGAUGUUGAGAUGAAUGGAGUCCGUUCCAUGGAUAGCAGCACAAUCUCACCAUUCGAGAUACAUACGCAGAGGACACAAUCAGAGACGACGGAUCUUGCCGCACUCGAAAAUGAACGAGGCGGAUGGGUGACGGAACUUUUGGAUCUUUUGCGCUUUGGAGUAGAUGGGUGGGGUGCAGCACGUCGCGGAGGUUGGAAAUGGGAUAUCAACGUGGAAAGCUCUUUCGAGGUUAGGACUAAGGAACAAAGGCUUGAUUCAUGCAGUCAUGAGUGA